AUGGUUUCGGUUUUUAUGCAGUUGACACCUUCACUGCAUCUGCCUCUGCAUGCAUGUGUGCGUGCGUGCGUGCUGGUGAGUGUAAAGUCUUUGCUCUUCCCUCUACCCCCUCCAAGUAGCUUUUCGCGAGAUGAAAUGUUGCGGGUAACGGUGGGGAAGAGCAGUGAAACUGUCAUUGGCUUUCAUGCAUGCAUGUGUGCACUGAACGCGUCCACUUGUCUGUUCAGCGUCGUGGUGACUUCCCUCCUGUCGUGUGUGUCUCUUUAUUUCCGUGUGGAACUCUCAGGUGGGUGCUUCAUGCGCCGUGCCAGAAAGGACGAUGUUGACAAGUCUGCCCUCCUCCCCGCCACCAGGUGGAACAGGCAGCGGCAGCAGCGACACCUCCGGGCGUUUGCCGCAGUGAUCCUGCUGGUGUGUUUUGUUGCCUUCGCCCACAACAAAUUGGCGGCCCCGCGAGAGAGUCUUGCGCCUCCCGGGCAGGACACCUCGACGGUAUUACAACCGACGGCCGCACAUCCGCACGCUGCGGAGAAGGAACCUGACAUUCUCCCCUACUGGCAGGACGCGUUUGACGCGCAAGUGAGGAACGAGUCCCCUAGUGCCACAUGGGGCUGCGACUGGCUCGUGGCGCCUGUGGGGAAGACACUGCGGCUGGCCCCGAUGUGUGCCGUGGACGGCAGUAGCAACAGUAGCCACGGCAGGGGGCCUUUCAAGCCUCCCUGUCCCAGUGAAGCGUUGAGCUCCGGAAGUUUGGCGAUGCACGGAGGAGCUACGCGCGCGAACUGUGUCAAAAGGGGCUUUCAGCGCAAGUGCUACGUCGAGAACCUAAUCCUGCACCAGGGAAAACUAUUCACUUUCAAGGCUGGGCGGGGAGCACUGCCGUCUGUGAUUUUCCUCGCUGACGGGGUGCGGGAGUGGCUGGGGAAGCAUCAUCAGUACUAUGGAACUCCAGUGCGGGAGGUCCCGACAGCGACCGAGACGGAGCCCACAAUCUUGUCUCACUGCACGUUUUUGGUCACAGCGCCGGUGGUGUUUAUCUUCCGCAUGAGUGGUCACUCAACGUAUCAUUUGUGGUGGAACAACCUCGGGCCAUUCUUUGACACACUGCAUGAUGACUUUGGGAGACACGGUGGACGAGGAGCAGCGGGGGUCCUUGGCGGAGAAUCCCCCGUGAUCAUCACCGUUGACCAUAAGCCGCACACGGGGCCCAAGGCUCCCCACUUGCUAGAUGAGCUCUUGCACUACUUCACUACCGUACCGAUACUUUACGCCUCUGAAUUCACGGCGCCAACGUGUUUUACAAGAGUUAUUUUGGGCACUAGUGCGAGCGGCUUUAAUCAGGCGGCGCUUCGGCAUUGGUUGCUGCCGCGUAUUGCGCUACGGCACCGCCUCGCUCAAUUUUUUGUGGCACGGAAGGAGCGAGUGGCUGUUACUGUCUCCAGCGCCCGUGCGACGACGCUGCGGUGCCUGAUCCCACACUAUGAUGGGCGCUUGCCCACAGUUUUUAAUCAAUGGCUUGCAUGGAAACUGCAGCGCUCGCGGUGGCUACCGCAACAGCCGAGGGUGGUGUACUUGAGUCGCAAUCACCCCAACAUCACGCGUGGACGCAAGGUGGUGAAUGAGGCCGAGGUGCUUCCUGCCCUUGAGGCAGCAGUGCUUGCCGCGACAGGUCGUCCCCUUCGACGGGUCUUCUUUGAGGAAAUGGCAUACGUGGAUCAGAUCACCGCAAUGGCGGAGACCAACAUCCUCAUCGCACCGCAUGGUGGGGGAAUUGCCAAUUGUGUCUGGAUGCCGCCGGGCUCCGUUGUGGUGGAGUUCGUCCCCCCCGCCGGGGCGACGCUGCCGGAGAUGUACCGUAAGAUGUGCCGCACUGCGGCGGGCAACGGCGUGCCGCCAAUUGAACACAUCUCAUUUGUCGCCGGGCAGGACCCGGCGGAGUUGGUUUCCGGAUUUGCGGUGGCCAACCGAGCCUGGAAAAAAAACAAGCGUCUCUUCAGCAACAUUUGGAUGCCGAAGCAAAGACUCCUUGAGCAUUUCUCCAGGGCCCUCGAGAUGUACCGUCGGACGCGGGAGAGUACAAGAUGGCAGGAGCCUUGA